ACGUAGCACGAAAUGUGGGUCCUCUCAGCAGCUCCACACACACUAACGUGAGACGUGCAAGCUGACGGGCUUUUUUUGGCUAUUGAAAGUUUUGUUUUUCCUCGAUGUUGUUCAUUAAACAUUCCGCUUGUAAAACGCAGUAUUUAUUUCCCAAGAGCAGCCGACCUGGUUUCUUCUAAAGAGUGUCCGCUUCCCCUCCCCUCGAUGAAGCGUUGCGAUGCCCUCUGAUUUUAUAUCCCUCCUUAGCUCGGAUCUCGACCUCAAUUCCCCCAAAUCUCUGUACUCUAAAGAGUCGGUUUAUGACCUCCUCCCUAAAGAGCUCCAGCUCCAGCCGUCGUCCACCCAGACCGAGCCACCCACCAUGAGCCAGAAGAGUGGGGGAGAGCCGGGACCUCCGCCAACUGCAGCCUUGGCCUCAGAUGCCAGCUCUUCCACCUCCAAUCCUUCUGCCUCUUCCUCCCUGGCCAUGGGAGUGCCAUCCACUGGCCCCUCUACCUCAACCUCAGACCAUCUCAAGGUUCCACAGCAUCUCCAGUCCACUGGAGGAGAAGGAGCUGGAGCUUCAGAGAUGCAAGGUGUGGAGGGUGCUGUAUCUGGCCCCAACAGAGGCGGUAGUGGGCCAAACACUGCAUCAGGAGACAUUGGGUCAGGAGUGUUGUCAGGGCUAGGAGCCCAGCAGCCUCAGAACACCCCAUCCAAACGGAGGCCUGUGUUGAGCAUAUCCCCACCACCCGAGGACCUAUUUGACGACAGCCAGAUGUCUUGUCAAGAGGAGACUACUGUAUCCGCUCCAACUGGUCCAGACUCAGAACACAGCAGCAGCAUGUGGGCUGAUGACUCAGUCUCCAACUUCAGCUUGGUCAGCUCGGUCUCCUACAAUGACAACACAGAGGUGCCCCGCAAAUCCAGAAAACGCACCCCUCGCCAGCGGCCUGGCCCAAAGCCUGCUAAUCCGGAGGACAGCAUGGAUGUGUUUGAUGCCGACAGCGCCAAGGCCCCUCACUUUGUCCUGUCCCAGCUUGGCACAGACAAGACCAGUGCAAUAGGCAGCUCUCUGGAGCCAGGGACCGCAGUGAAGAGUGGGUCACUGUCUGCUCAGUUCCCCCAGAGGAGCGAUGGGAAGGACUUGAAGAUCCUGGUGCAGCCAGAGACCCAGCACAGAGCUCGCUAUCUGACCGAGGGCAGCAGAGGCUCCGUCAAAGACCGCACACAGCAGGGAUUCCCCACUGUCAAGUUGGAGGGUGUGAAUGAUCCAGUUGUGCUGCAGGUGUUUGUAGCAAAUGAUGCAGGCAGAGUGAAGCCUCACGGUUUCUAUCAGGCCUGCAGAGUGACCGGCCGCAACACCACUGCCUGCAAGGAAGUGGACAUAGAGGGCACCAUUGUUAUUGAGAUCCCUUUGGAGCCUAGCAGUGAUAUGACACUUGCGGUGGACUGUGUAGGCAUUUUGAAGCUGCGUAAUGCAGAUGUGGAGGCCCGUAUUGGUGUUGCAGGAUCGAAGAAAAAGAGCACCCGUGCCAGGCUGGCUUUCAGGGUCAGCAUCCCCCAACCUGAUGGAUCUACCCUCACUCUGCAGGUCCCUUCAUCGCCAAUCCUCUGCACCCAGCCAGCGGGAGUGCCAGAGAUCCUGAAGAAGAGUCUUCACAGCUGCUCAGUGAGAGGAGGAGAGGACGUUUUUAUCAUUGGAAAGAACUUCCUCAAAGGAACCAAAGUGAUUUUUCAGGAAAACAUUGCAGAUGAUAAUUCCUGGCAAGCCGAGGCAAAGAUUGACAUGGACCUUUUCCAUCAGAACCAUUUGAUAGUGACUGCUCCUCCGUUCCACAACCAGUCAAUCACUUCUCCAGUGUCUGUGGGAAUCUUUGUGAUGACCAAUGCUGGUAGAUCACAUGACGCCCAGCCCUUCACCUACACUCCAGACUCAGCUGAUAACUCCAAUGCCCGGACGGUAAAAACAGAGGGACCCUCUCUACUCAAGACGUGUAUGUUUGAUGGCCAGAUGAAAUCUAUGUCAUCUGAGCAAACCGACUGCUCUGGUCAGCCUUCCAAACGCCAAGAAGACACACCAAUGGAAGUGUCCAGCAAUCCACCAACCACGGAUGUUUUUAAGCCAUCCCCUGACCCGCUUGUCUCGGUGCAGCAGACCCUCAGCUCCAGUCCCCAUUCAGGGGGGGAAUCCUUUCAGAGUCCGAUGCCCCUACAACCUGAAGAUGUGGAGCUUCCCCAGGCACCCCCUGUGUUCCCCAGCCUAGAGUCUCUCAGUACUAUACAGAAGCAAGACAUUUCCCCCACAACCUCCUUCCCAGUGUCAGGAGACACCACAAUCCCUCCUGUGACACCAGACGUCCCUCAGCAAUUCCUAAGAGAUCCUCAGGACAACCUGCCACCUGAGAAUUCCAACAAUAGUGGAGGGGUUGUUGUUGUUGCCAUGCCCCAAAUAUCAACUCCAUCUCAGCCACAGCCACAACAGUCACAGGUUCCCAUGUUCCCCCAGGAAGGGGUGGCCCAGCUGGAGAGGGCAGUAAGGGAGCUACAAGCCGGAGGUAACACCACGCUCCAGCAGGUGUUUGAGGCGGCUGUAGCCCAGCAGCAACUAAACUCAGUGCUUUAUAGCCCCAACCCCUCUGCAGACUCUCUUCAACAGCACGUCCAAGAAAACAUGAACAGCCUUAGAUUAGGAAACACUGAUAAUUCGAUGUCUACACGGCAACAGCUACAGAUACAACAGCAACAGCAAAUGCAACAGCAGCAGCAGCAGCAGCAAAUGCAACAGCAGCAAAUGCAACAGCAGCAACAACAACAACAAAUACAGCAACAGUUUCAACAGCAUCAACAACUUCAACAACAGCAAAUCCUUGAUAACCUUCAGCAUCAACAUGAGCAGCAACAUCUACAGCAGCAGCAGCAAGUCCUCGGCAACAUGCAAAUGCAACAGCAACUAAUACUACAGCCACAGGACCAACAGCAACUGCAACAGCAGCAGCAGCUCAUUGAGAACAUUCAACAGCAGCAACAGUUGCAACAGAAUCAGCAACAGCAAGUCCUGAACAACAUCCAACUUCAGGAUCAGCAACAGCAAGUCCUGAACAACAUCCAACUUCAGGAUCAGCAACAGCAAGUCCUGAACAACAUCCAGCUUCAGGAUCAGCAACAGCAAAAUCAAAUACUGACAAAUUUACAACAUCAGCUUCAACAGCAGCAGCAUCUACAGCAGCGGCAGCAGCAGCAGCAGCAACAACAGCAAAAUCAAGCAUUGAGCAACUUACAACAGCAGCAGCAAUUACAAGAGCAGCAGGUCUUGGAGAAUUUACAGCAGCAGCUUCAGGCUGAGUUGCUCCAGCCACAGAUUCACUCAUCCCCGCAAGUACAGCAGCCAGGGUCCCUCCUUCAACGGGCCGGAGACCUGCUCACCAUCCAGACCAGCUUCACAACACAGCCUCCAUCCCACACAUCCCCCCCACAACAGCUCUUCCAAUCACCCAGACCCCUUGCAGAGUCCCAGGGCUCCCAACAGCAGGUCCAGGCUGCCCUGCUCCAGAAUACACUGACUGUCCUGACGAGUGGCGGUCUCAACUCAGAGCAGCAGGCGGCUGGCUCAGCACUUUACCUGUCCCCAAACCCUCCCCAGCAACAGCAACAACCGCAGCUGGCGUUCAUCUCGUCCAUGAAAACAUCCGCGAGCCAGCCCCAGUCUGUAACAAUGUUUCAGAACCAACCCCAAGCUCAACUCUCCCAAAUGCAGCAGCAGAGCACCCCCAUGGAGGAGCAGCAGUCAGCACAGCAGAACCAGCAACAGCCACCACAGCUUCCAAUGGGCCAGCAGGGAUCUUUGUUCCAAAGUAUUCCAAACCACUCCCAGGGUAACCCUGUCCCACAGAACCAACUUUCCCAACCCCAGCAGACAGGUUUGCUCCUCUGCACGACAGAUCUUAACCCGCAGGCUAUUCCCCCAACUCUUCUCUUCAGCACCCAGACCCAAGGCCCUUCCUCUAUAGGGAGCAUAGGUGUUGGAAUCCCUCAGCCAGACCCAGCAGAGCCCAUGUCGUUCCAAGACCAGAGCUCUUCAGGCAACAACUCGUCAUCCAAUGACAACCAACAGCAGAGCUUAUUCCAGGAGCAGCAGCCAAUGCAAGUAGGCUCAAGCUCUAGCAGCGCCCGAAGCAGUCAACCUGUAGAGCUCUUUCUACCGCAGACGUCUCUGUCUGGCCUGCAGAGCACUAUAAGCUCACAGGAGCUAAACAACCAGGCUCCGGCCACUGGCACAACCAUCUUCGUCGUUCAAGGUGGUGUGGGCGUUGUAGCCAGCCCUGGGCAGCAGCCACCAGAGCAGCUUUUCCAGACAACUGUGGGCGGGAAUGUGGCUCCUCAAGGACAAACCAACGUGUUUGUGUUUGGCAUCCAGAACGACUCGCCACAGCUGCUCAAUUCCUCCGGACCCACCCUGCCUGCUCAGAGCCAGCCCCAGAACUCCAGUCACAUGCAGCCGCACUUGGAUCAGCCAAUGGCCCAGGCUGCCCCCCCAAUGCAAGCCCCCAUGCACAGCAGCCUACAGAACACUCUACAGGCACAGAUGCAGACCAGCUUAGAGAACGCCAUGCAGACCAGCCUGCAAAAUGCGAUGCAGACAAACACACAAGCAGCCCUGCAGUCUGGUUUACAGGCAAACAUCGAAACAAGCUUGCCAACUCCAAUGCAGACCAAUCUACAGAUGCAGAUACAGAGCAGCUUGCAUAAUCAAUUGCAGGCAUCAUUAUCUGUAUCAUCCAGCAUGGAUAAAAUCGAGGACCUCCUGGAAAGCCUACAGAAGUAGUGAUAAAUAUUUGGACAAUGUGUUCUCCAAGGAGAGUGAGAGAUAUGUAGCUAGUUAUACAUCCUAACAUCAACAAAGUGGCGGUGCAAGGGUUUUGUGCCAGUGCCGCGAAAUGUAGAAAAUUUAAAUAUUUAAGAAUUAAAUGCCCCCUUUUCCCUAAAACCAAAUUAUGAGCCCAUUGUUUUAUGAAAUAUUUAUCAUUCAUCACAGCUUUUCGUAGAUCCAUUCUCCUUGAAUCGAUGAGUCCGUCUUUGUUGUUACCCCUCUUGCAGGAUCAGAGAGGCCCGUAAUGACAGCUUUACCUUUCAGUCUCAGAAAUGCAGUGUUUUGUUGUCGGAGUGUUUUUAACAAUGUGAGCCUAAGAGAUGAUAUAGAUAAAAGUCUAUCAGGUUUUAGUGGGGAAACUGGAAAGGGAUAAAGAAUGUCGGUGAUGUUGAAAUGGGAAAUAGUAAUGUGAUGGAGACCAGGCUGUAAGAGCAGGCGGAGAAGAUAAAACAGUCAGCCAUGGAGUGGAUAUCACAUAGCGCCCACGUGUCCGAUAAAGGCUGAAUCUCAUUCUGUGAGUGUGUAAACUUAUUUCCCUCAGAGAGACAGUUGGGGGACAGUUGUGUUAGUCUGUCCGUCGUUUGUGGGACGGCACCAAAACAGGAGUGAAUAUCGUCCUCCUUUUGUCAUCUUUGCAGAUCUUUUGCAGUUAAUCAACCCCUCGUGUUUGCACAUCUCGGCAGUUUUACUAGAUGAUAUAUAUAAGGAGCAAAAAUGGUUAGAUUACACAUAGUUGGAGAAUGUUUUGCAUCCAUCUCCUGAGCAGACUCUACAGAAGGAGGACAGUUAAACUCUUCUCCUUAAGAAUUUCUCACUGACUAAAAUGGGGUAUCAUUACAUAUUUAUACUGCAGGUUGUCCCCCCGGCGUGUAGCAGAAGGAGGAGAGAAUAUUGAACACUCGCAAAUGAGAUUCAACCUAGUGAAUAAUGUGACUUGGCCUUUUGUGGCCUUUUAGGCACCUCCCAGUGUUUUCAUAUGUUUAGGCCUCAUCAGCUUUCUUGGUGAACUUUUCAGAAGCAUUGUAGUGUGUGUAUCUUUUUGUUUUAAAGAAGUUGGUAACUUUACCAAUCUAACGUGGAUAGAGCGAAACUUUCCACUAGUGAAAAUGGAGUGUUGUGUUUUUAUAAACAGUUUAUCUCAAGCACUUUAUAACCUCUUUUGUGUAACCAGCUAAUCCUUAUAUCCGUCCACAGCUCUCUACUGACCCAGCUGAAUUUGUACUCGGUAACGUCCACUUAAAAAACAAGAAACAAACAAACAAACAAAAAAAAUUAAAAACAGAAAGCAGUUGUCUUGUAAAAGUAAAAUACAUCUUAACCAAACAUUUUUACAUUUUCUCAUGUCAGAAUAUUUUUGAGGUCUAGGACAACUUUGUAUAGAAAGUCUGCUCGCUGUUGGAUCCCUUUUUAUAUUCGGUCUCAGUGGUCCAGUCAAGUCUGUCCAAAAAACAGCCAUUCCCACAAAAGCAUUGUCAUUUUUCAGUGUUGGCGUGGUGAGUAGGCCUUUGUGUUUUACACACUGACAAAACACCUAAAACACGGAUUCAUUCAGAUUGUGCAACGAAAUGAAGGAUUUUCAUUGUUAUGCUAUUUGUACUAUUUACUGUUCAGUCUGUCACUUGAGACUGUUCUACCUUGUGUUGUGUUAGAUAUUUAAGUUUUUGUCCGUGUUGGUACCGUGCGCAGGCUGGCACCAUGUGAAGUUGGCACCCAGUAGCCGUCCCUUGUGUUGUGAACAGGGGCUCACUGGUAAAUGAAAUCUCUGUUACAUAGAGGCCGCCAUGUUGUUUCUAUCUAUGGUGCUAUGUAUAAGGAGUGAUGGGCACUUCUGAUGUGAUGUUAUUACGUAACCGUUUCUACUUAAAUCAAUAGCGUUGACAUCAAGUGUUAGUUGUGAAGCCGAGUUGAGUCCAGAGAGCUGGCUGUUGUUGUGGGGUCAGACUGGAGUGCACCCAGGCAAACCAAAGCUCCUGUUGUGAAUCCUCAUCAUCUUGUCCCGUACUUGUCCUUUCGAAGGCUCUCAUCAUCAUGUUUACUCAUUUUUACCUAAUCAUUUAAAUUAUGCAGCUCUUACGUGGAUAGCAAUUCAGCAUGUUGUUUUGUUUUAAGCAAACAUUUAUAAAAAGAUAUGUAAAGGUACUUUGUUUCAUGGAUCAUACAAUUAACAUUUAAACCCAUGUUUUAUUUUUUUUCAUUUCUCAUGACCUAACCCUUUUGAUGCAAAGUAACACUGUAUUUUCCAUAUCUACAACCGUAGCCAAUUUGGCGUUAUCAAAAAAGCCAAUUUUUAGAAUAAUUCUAAUGUUGGAGUAGCGUUGCUCACACAUCUGUUUACAUUUUCAUAGUCCAACUAUUUUGUCCUGCAGCUGUUAGUGAUCCAUUUUAAAGCAACUUAUCUUUUUUAGAAUUUUGUAUCCAUGUAUCAAAAUGUAGAGUAUUUUUGUAAAACUAAAGUUUUUGGUUUACUCUCAUAGCACAGAAUAUCAUUGCUGGUAUGUUAUCCUGGAACUAAGCGCAGGUUUAUUGUGAAGUGUAUGACUGCAAUUAGAAAUGUACUUAAGUGGACAUCAAGCAAAUUUGUUUCGAAUUCUAUUUGACUGUCCUAACAUUGACUUUACCCAAUUUGUACAUUGUGAUAAAUGGGCUAGGUUCCUCGUGUUUAUUUCUAAUGUCAUGCAUCUCAAAUGGCACUUUGACUCAAUCCAUUAACUGUAGAUCAGGUUAGAGCGCAGUAGUAAUGUUUCCAAGCAUUCCAUUCCUCUUGGGUUAGGGGAGUUAAAGAGCACAUAACGUUGCGGAGGAAGUGCAGAACAGUAACAGCCUCUUAAAGCCAUACCAACACAGAAAGCCAACCUGUGACUUCAGUUUCAUGAAUGUAAAAUUUACCUCAUGGUGUGGACACAGCUCGCUCUCUACAUCAAACCAUUGGACCAAUUACAGUUUCAAAGAGCAUGUAUUCGGAGGCAGAUGGGGGGGUGGCGUGGUGUGGCACCAACUGUCUUUCGUGUCACCGUACAUUUGUCGGAUUGUUGUGUCUUGGAUUGUGGUGUAAUGUCAUGUUGCUUCGCACCCUUGUUCUUUCAUCGUGAGCUACACAGGAAGCUCAGUCCGACUCUUGGAAGCGCCACGUCCGCCCGACGGAACCACGGGAAGCAUCCAGUCGACAGUGGCGAAGAAAGCACACAAAUCUUCACACAAUAUCGUUUUGUCCGUCAGUCAUGUAAAUGAAUAUCCAUGUAUAUUUAAAUGUGAAAUAUACUGCAGGGGUAUCUUGAAUUUCAAUUGUGAUGCUUUCAACAGAACUUUGUGUGCCUUGAUAACUUUACUCUGCUGUGUUCACUGAUGUCCCUUUUGUGUCCCCGCUGUUUGGCACCUUGUCCUUUUGACUCUCGAGGACUGUUAAGCAUCAGGAUCCUUUUCAGUGAUAGACGUUUUAUUUCAACGACACAAGCGCAACCAUAGCCCAUACCAAUAUAUUUUAGCGAUAACAUUUUCACUCUGGAAAUCCAAUGCAAGAUCUCAAAAUGAGUCCUCUCGGCGUGAUGUUGUGCAGCUUCACCGGCGAAUUGUCAUCCUGUUCAUUAUUUUCUGUUGAAAAUGUUUUUGCCAUGCCUCAUGAGAUUUGUAGGUGUGAGGUAAAAUGGACGAGACCGUGGAGAUUGUUUUAUGGAGAGCUUUUCAUGUACUGAUGUGCUUGUCAACAUAACUAUUGUUGCUGUGAACUGCUUGAUCAAAUGGAGCAACCAUGAUAACCGUUACUUGCCAAUAGUGUGAGCUGUAUCUUGUGUGUAAUCAGUUUGCUCACGUUUCCUAGUUCGCUUUCAAUUUCACAUUCUCCAACAGUUCUGUUGUAUCCGUUCUGUGUAGCUUGAGCUUUAGUAUCUAGCCUUAAGACCCUGCAGUAGGGAUAAAGGUCAACCCCAGUGUGUUAUCAUACAUCUGAACUAUUAUUAACAUGUACUUUGCCUUGGUCUGGACAUUUGUAUACUCUUCUGUUUAUAUCUGUAAUCCUGCUGCUACAUUAAAUGAAUUAAUAAAA